CCAGUCCACAGUGCAUUCGCAGUUAUGUGAUAGGUGGCGUUGGGAGUCAGAAGUAAUCGGUCUUGAUUCUUUGUAGGUGGCAGCUCAACGCAGAGCUGAAAUUUGCACGAGUUUCUUGAAUAAUUCUUUAAUUUAGGUUUCUAACACAACCCAACCGAACUGUUCCGAAUUAGGUGUUUCUCGCCUGUCUCAGCGUCGAUAGUUAGCAGCGUGGGAAACAACUAGAAGGGAUAUAGUGACAAGUGAUUUUGUGACAAGCUGUAACUUUCAAGCGUAAAAGAGAUGUGUGCUCGAUCGACAAGUGGUGAAGAAACAGACAUCAGGGCUGUUCAGGAGAACAAAAUGCAGUCACAAGGGGUCACUCAAGUGAGGCACGCGACGCAGGAACAGACCGAGGUCAGUAGCCACGUCGCUACAAUGCAAGAAGUAUGUAAACAUCCGGAGACCAACUCCACAUUCUACAGAGACAUUCUGGCAAUAGUAACGGAGAAACAACGUGUCAUGGUUUGGGCCUUGUACGACCGCUUUGGAAAGUGGCAGCAGUCAAAACCCUACAAAAUUCUGUUUCAAACAACACAGCCAGCACACGUGCUUAUGCUCAUUGCAGUGACCAUUAUUGCAAUGCUGUUGAAUCCAAUGAAGAACAGAAGUGAUGCUCUUAUAAAACCGUCACCAUUCAUCAGUCUGGUCUACCUGUCUGCCUUCAUGAUGCACUUUGGAGCUCAAAUGUGGAUGACUUUUGUCUCAGGUCUGUCACUGUACUUUGCGGUGCCCCGUCACACAUUUGGAGAAGUGCAACAAGUUUUAUUCCCGCGAUACUUUGGCCUCAACAGCGUCUUGAGCCUUGUCACCCUUGUUAUUUUUGUCAAACUUCAUCCUACUGGUACAUGGGAUGCAUAUGUGGCUCUCCAGGUUGGUGCUAUGGCUCUGUGCUUUCUUGUGGAGCUACUGAUCCGCCUGUACUUGGCUCCGCCUCUCCUGAGCCUCAUUGCAGCCAAGAUUGCAAUGGAGAAGGCAGCAGGAGUUGGUCUGGAGGUUGGACGACAUGAUCCAGGCCCACUGGCAAAAUGCCCUCACUACAUAAAAAUUCAUAAGGCUUUCCGUAAGGUUCAUAUGUCCAUUGCUAUUGGCAACUUGAUGUCAAUGGCUUGCACAGUGUUGCACCUGCUCUAUCUGGCCAACAAAUUGAGUGUCCUCUAACACCAGUGCUUCCAUAGGAUGUACUGUAUGGGUACCCAGUAUUUGGACUGCAUUUGUAGAUCUGUCACUUCACCCACAUUCACUGUUAAUUUUGACUGUUAUGAUUAAGUAUUCAUCCUCUUAAUGGUCUAUUUAUUUAACUAUUUAAUUAUAGUAAGCUUAUCACGAUGAUGUUUAAAUAUUUGUCACAGAAGAUCUUAAUACAUGGAAGGAAAGUUGCAUGUUUUAUAAAAUUUAAAAAAUAAAAUUAAGCCAUAAAACAACAUGAACUUAGCAAAGCGAAGAAAAGCGUCUUUUUAUAUUAAAAAGUACAUUUAUAAUUAAAAGUAACUUUCCUUUUAUGUUAAUAUUGUAUUUCCAUCUUUUGUGAUAGCAAAUUACAGGGCUUGAUUUUUAAACUUUUGGAAUAGGAAUAUACUUAAAGAAAAUGCUGUUUAUGAUUCUUGAAUACAGUUACAUAAAUUCUAAGAAUUGCAUCAGAUUUAUUUGUUCCUGCUAAAGAUAUAUCAGACCACUGAUAUUGGCAUAUCUUCAAGAAAUCAAGCCCUGAUUGCAAAUGGUAUUCCCACCACAUGUGUCAGGCUAUACUGCACAUCUUUAAUAUCUUGCCAGAUAUCAUGGAUAUCGCGUUUAGCUGCCUGGCUCUCAUAAUCUGAA